UCCAAACCAUGCUCAUUCCGCAGCAAGCAAGCACAGCACAGUCAUCAACCACACACACUCACACACGUCUCAAACUGACGGCGACGAUGGCUGUGGUGAACAGGAAGACGUCGACGAUGGUGGCAGCAGUGGCCGUGGUGGUGGCGCUGCUGCUGGCGUCGGCGUCGUCUGCGUCGGCGGCGAUCACCUGCGGUCAGGUGGGGACGGCGCUGGCGCCGUGCAUCCCGUACGCGACGGGGAGGGCGAGCGCGCUGCCGUCGUCGUGCUGCAGCGGCGUGCGGAGCCUGAACGGGCAGGCGCGCAGCAGCUCGGACCGGCAGGCGGCGUGCCGGUGCCUCAAGAGCCUCGCCAACAGCGUCAAGAGCGUCAACAUGGGCACCGUCGCCACCAUCCCCGGCAAGUGCGGCGUCUCCGUGCCUUUCCCCAUCAGCAUGUCCACCGACUGCAACAAGGUCAGCUAAAUGAUGAAAUCUACCACGUAAGUACAUACCAGUGCACGUGAUGAAGCUAGCAAGCCAGGAAAAAUAAAAUAAAGUUGUGUGGUAACAUACAGGAGGAUUAAUAGCAUGCUGUAUCUAUAUAGUAUUAUGUAACCGUGUGCAUCAUGCACUGUGCACAUAUACAUGGAUAUAUAUAUAUGUAUGUGUGGCUUGCAGUGCGACCUAGCUAGCUUCUCGAUCAUGUGCUCAUGCAUGUAUGCGGAUGAUGUGUGUGUGUGAACAGCUACUACACUGUUGACUGUUCAGUGGCUUGGAUCGACCUACUUGUUCGGAUAGUUAAUGGUUUGCUAUAUAGCGGUGCUUGUUAAUCAAUA